GCCCCAUGCACCACUAGCAGCAAUGGUCUAGCAGGUAUUUUCACACCCUCUUCUCUCGUAGCGCCAUGACUUCACUAAGAUCAUCCCGCCGAGAUGCGCCACGGAAACGGUACACGAUAGACGCGUUCGAAGGGAUUGAAGAACUUGUUCUCGCGUCUGACGAACACUCCGGAUCCGAGGCCGUAGAGCAAGACGCUGAGGAAGAUGAGGACGAUCCUGGCUCCUUCCACGCUAGCGCAGAAUCUGUGGUACCCAGCGACGGUGAGAUGUCAGGAAUUAUCGAAAUUGGCGCGGUUGAGGAGAUUGAAGAUGAUGCCGACAGCAAUGCUGGGGAGCACGACCUGGACGACAGUAUUUCCAUCGCUGAUGACCCAGACGGGCCAAUCAGCACGCCCAAACAGCGCGGUAAGCGCAAAGUGGGAGACGUCCACAACGCUGAGCUGGAGACUUAUACUCGCGGUGUUCUCGACCAAUCUCUGGUACACAACCGGAUGUCUAAGCGUAAAAGGAGACUCCAUUACUUCGGACCAACCAAAGACUGGUCUGAUCUAUGGAAGGCCAGGGCUAAGUGGGGCUACGAGGUCUGCUACCCAAACCGCAAACAGAAGAAGGACGGCUCUGGCGGUUUUGCUUACACAGCUGCGUACAAUCGAGAACUGGCCAAGGUGGAAGUCAACUGGAAAUGGUAUCAUGAGGGAGGCGGUAAGGAAGGCUUCAAGAAGCGCCUGGUUGUCAGUGCUUUGAGCGAGGCGGAUGCUCAAGCGCAUCUCCCACACGACGGUGAAGGUGUGCGAAGCGUCUUAAUGGGGCCUGUUGAUCAACAGAGGUUAUAUCACUUGCAGCCUCGGCAAUUUCUGCCGCUAGCGACAUCUUUCGAGUACACUCCUCAGCUUGGACAGAAAUGGACGAGAACCCUGCCGAAAGACUAUAAGACUGGAUAUCUCAUCAACCUUGGGGCUAGGGUGCAAAGCCUCGACUGGGCGCCGAGCCAGCUUGGAUCGAAACACUUUCUCGCGGUCGCAGUCAUCCCUGAACGAGACGCAGCAGAAGAUGCUCCAGCAUUCUCACCACAGCCCGACUAUGAAUCCAGCAUACAGAUAUGGGAGUUCACAGCAGACGCCACGGGGCAUAUUGCAAUGGACGUAUCACCUAAACUUCGCAAAGUCAUCUGUACUUCAGUGGGUGACAUCAAAUCCUUGAAAUGGUGUCCCGUCCCGGCACAACAAUCAGCAGUACUGGGCUUCCUAGCCUUUAUAUCAGGUGAUGGUGCCGUCAGAGUCAUAGCAGUCGGGAGAACACCACCAGAUGACUCAACGGGAUACGUACUGGUUGAGAAAUAUGCCUUCGAGGCCCGACCUCCAAAUACUAUGUGCUCAGCCAUCACUUGGUUGUCUUCUACACGCUUAGCGGUCGCCUGUGCCAACGGAUGUCUAGGGGUCUGGGAUAUUGCAGAAUCGCUAAAAUCGCCCAAUCCAAAUCCUCGUCCCGUGAUCUAUGGCAGUCUCAGUCCUUCUUACAUCAUCGAUAUGACAUCUGGGUGGCCCAGCCAUCCGCACAUGCUCAUGACGACCUCCAUGAACGGCUACGAAAUGAUUACUGACCUCUCCAAGCCGUCGCCAUUCACACCUUGCGAGACAGCUCUCUCCCAUCGUAGCCGCAUGGGUCAGCCAAUCAUCAAGUGGAAUGAGUUCAUCAAAUGUGCGUUGAGCGGCGAGGACAAUCAUCUCAUACGAGCCUAUCCACUCCGAAGGUGGUUUGGCACAAUUGGGCUGCUGAAAGCCAAAAGCCAUGUUUCGUGCCUGGCUGUCAGUCCCUGUCACCCUUUUGUACUGACCGGCACCGUGGGCGGGGACGUGUUGGGCAACAAUCCCGUGCGGCGUGUUGCCGAUGGAAGCAAGACAACUCUCUGGAUGCAGACCUGGUUCUCGCAUGAGUGGAGGCGCCCUACCGAAGAAGAGAGGUCAGGUGCGCGUCGUAACGCCACUGACAGCAGCAGCCCUGCUGAGCAGACCUCAAUUGGCCGGAGCGGAUUGACUAGGAUCGUAGAAGGCUUCAAAGCAGAAAAAGUCACUCUCCAGAACAAUGCUAGUAUACCCUCAUCCAAUUCGAUGCAUGGCAAAGUAUACACCACCAUCUACGAAGCAAAGACUGCCAUCAGUGCAGUGGCUUGGAAUCCGAACCUCCAUGUUGCUGGCUGGGCAGCAGCUGGCAUGGCCGACGGCUUGCUCAGGGUCGAAGAUAUUGCUGGUUGAUCGAGACACGGCUGGCUAAUGUUCCUCUUGACGCGCGCUGUGCGAGCAAAAUUUCUUACACGGCCAAGUGUCAAAUUGUGCACUAUACCGUGACUUGCUUGCCGUAUCUCUGAGCCCUACGGACCUUUGUAUGAUCUUCAGUACAGGAAUCGUGGAACAUGCGCUUCGGAGAUGACCUGACCAACUUGAAGCGCAGAGUUUCAGAGUCUUAGAAUUCCGUUCACCCAUCUGGACCUGCCUGCUCCAAGUAAAGCUGGACAUUUGGCAGUAGAACCGAUAACUCGUGCAAUGCAGAAGGGCUUCUUGGGACAUGAAUAUCUCUGACCGGCCUCUGGCAAAGAAGUGUUGAGCUGCGCACUGACAUUGUACCGCGUGGAAGCAGAUACUGUGCCUCUGAGCACUCAUCCCGUCAACACAGGUUUCUGCAAGUGAUUAAAGCUCACGAUGGUUUGGCGGGACUGAUUCAUUGGAUGGAUAGUGUUCAAACAAUGGUAGCAAGGCGCAUGUCGAGAGUAGAAGGUAGCAAUCAGGAAAUGUAGCAUAAAAUCAUCAGAUGAAUGUCGACACUUAU